UCAAAGUGCUCUCAGCCAGAGUGUUCAGGAAGUAUCCGGUGCAGGAGCUGAGGUGUCCUCGUGGACUACAGGAGGCCGACUUCCUGGACCUGCUCAGGUCCACCUUCCCUCAGCUGGCGGCUGACGGACCCUUUGACGUCUUGGUAGCUGACAGAACCCGGAUGCUGCAGCCUCUGAGAGUGAAGACCCUGACACCGGAGGAGGUCUCCAGCACCAUGAGGUUCUUCGGGCACUCUGUCCUCUACAUCCGCCUGAAGGCGCCAGAGGAAAAAGCUCAUCUCCCGCAGGGAAACGUCGAUGCCGCUAAAGAUUCUCCGUCCACCUCUGAUCCGACCGGACGGCACAGCAGCUCCGUUCAACAACAAGAGGGAAACGGAGUCGACUUCCUGUUCAGCUGCUCGACGUCAGAGCAGCAGGGCGCGUUCACAGAGGAGGCUGAUGAUGAUGAUGAUGAAGAUGAAGACUGUGAGAGGUCACGGUCUCCCAGUCUCUGGUCUCUUCAGUGUCUGCUUCUGUCUGAGAGCGAACAAGACGAGGAGGAAGUGAACGACGGAGACGACGACUGGAGACCGGAGAAAACUGACGAGAAUCUGAGGAAUAAAGAGCCGGAGAAGACGACGGGGAAGCGGCGGGUCGAGCGUCCACGCGUCCGAGCGAAGAGGAAACGGGUCCGGUCGCCUCGGCCGGUGCUGACGGGCAGAAACGGCGACGCCCCUCUAUCCUGUAGCAUCUGCGGAGCGCUGCGUUGGUCGACGAGCAUGUUGAUCAAACACUCCUGGAGUCACGUGGAUCAUCCGGAGCGGCAGUGCGGCGUGUGUGGAGAACAGUCGGAGUCCACGGAGCAGCUGCGGAUUCAUCUCCAGAGCCACCAGAAAACACACAGCUGUAACAUCUGCGGAAAGUCCUUCCUGUCCACCAGCGGCUUCAACGGACACAUCGCCCUUCACAAAGGAGAGAAACCACACAAAUGUAAGAUUUGCCACAAAGCGUUCACCCAGAGGGGAACGCUCGUCAACCACAUGUGGGUCCACACCGCCAACAAACCGCACAAAUGUGAUAUCUGCCAAAUAUCGUGCGUUUCCAAGACCAAGCUGGAAAGUCACAGAGUGAAACACACCGGAGAGACACCGUACAGCUGCAGCACCUGCUCCAAACCUUUCCGCAGCCUCCAGACUUUAUCCCAGCACAUGAUGUCACACUCGGGUCGAAAGAGACUGUACGACUGCGACGUCUGCUGCAGAAAGUUUACCUCCAACAAGAGACUUCAGUCCCACCUGAGGAGACACAGCAGCGGCCCGACGGCUGCAGCGAGUGCAACAAACACUUCAGGUGCAAGGCCAAGCUGGUGACUCACAUGAGGCUCCACCCCUUAUAAACAAAGGGGAGGGGCCUCAUAAUGUGAUAUCCAGUCAGAUUAAACAAAUCCUCUGUGAUGUUUUCUUCUCACAGUGACUCUGAGUUUCUGCGGCGUUCACAUUAAACUGGAGACGUUUCAGUUCCUUUUAAAUACAGACAGUUUCAUAUUUUCUUCAUGGUCAAAGAGACGGUUAACGAGACCCGGACACAUGUCUGGAUCACCGAACACCCCCAGCUCAAAGAGACAGAACACCUGAAGCAGACUUUUAAAACCUAAGGCUUUUUUAUUAUCGAGGGAAAAGUUGCUUUUCAAUGUUAAUUAAUCGAUUCAUCAUUUGCUGCAUGAAACAUCCAAAAACAGUGAGGAAAAAAAAUGCUCACAACUUGAAGGAUCCAAGCCGACGUCUUCAAAGGUUUUCCUCUGUUUGGAUAAUGUUUGCUGGUGGAUAUGAUGAAGUUGCACCGUGGUGCCUGAUGCAACGUUAAAUAUAAGAUUCAACAAAUCCCCUGAUCCCCUGUGGCUCUCGGCUGCGAGCUCAUUGGCUCCUGCUGAAGAUGUAAUGUAUGGUAACACUUUUCAGCUACACGUGUUAGCAGGUGAAAAUCAAUUUAGACUGAUCCAUGAACCAGGAUUUUCAUGUUUGAACAAUUGAGACAUGAAUCUAAGCUCCAUGUUUUCUUCUUCUGUGUUUUAUUUGAAGUGUAAUGUAGAACCUAGACCUGCGGUAUAAUCAAACACAUGGACAGAAACCUUUAGGAAACAUUCAUUCAUUAAUUGAUGAAAAUGAUAGAAUAUUGAAGCGGACUUAACGCAGGAACAUUGUGACGCCAUCAAAAGAGACAGGAGAGCGUUUGUGCAUUAAAUUACAUUUUUAUAAAGUGACAACAUGAAUUUGGUAGUUUUAGGUUGUUUUAGCAAUAGAUUCUUAGACUUUACGUUGGUGAUAUUUUGCCCUUCAGGGAUUCUCAUCAGGUCAGAGCGAUUAACAGAGUGUACCAGUAACAAAAGAGAGAGAAAGAAAUGUGAUGAUGGUUUACAUUUCUCCUGUUUAUCUGUAGAAAUUCAAGAACAUAAAAAUGCCUUUGGAAAAGUUUACAAAGUCUAAAGCAGUGUAAACAUCUAACAAUGUUACAUUAAGGUGUUAUUGGGUUUUUUUUUUCUACCAAAAAGGUUUACAUAUUUUUACAUUUGUAAGUUUUUAUUGUUUUUUUUAUUUUUAUUAAUGACGUUGUUUUAUUGGUGUUUCGUUAAAGAGACUCAGAGAAGCAGGUGUUCCUAAUAAAGUGCUCACUCAGUACAUUGCAGUGACAGGAAAACUCUGCAGACCUUUAGACUACAGUAAGAUGAGAUCAGGUUCACAGUGCAGUGAUUGUAAACUAACCUGGACCAGGUUUAAAUCUCCACGGUUACAGAUGUAUUUAAACUUCCUGGUUGAACUGGUUUCAGUUGUUUUAAAACACAGACAUGGAAGCUGUUUAUUGUGAAUGGUGUCGUCCCUCCUGUCGUGACAUGAACAUGUGAACGUCUCAAACUGCUCGACCAUGUUGUGUCAGGUCGUUUUGAUGU